UCUAAAGAGGCGUUCAAAAUUCUUUUCUAAAACUCGUUUUAAUGGACAGUUGUGGACAAGUGUUAACAUUAGUAUGACUUAGGACAGCAUAUUAAAAGGGUAUGCUUGUUGCGGCGCCAUGACACAGUCAGUUGUUGUCCAAGUUGGACAGUGUGGCAACCAGGUUGGCUGCAGGUUUUGGGAUCUUGCUUUGCGAGAACAUGCCCAUAUCAAUAAAAAAGGAUUGUAUGAUGAGGCCCUGAGUAGCUUUUUCCGUAACGUGGACUCUAGGAAAACUGAUGGGGGAACGUGUGGUGUCGGUGGGAGAAUCCAGCAUCUAAAGGCCAGGGCGGUGCUGGUGGACAUGGAGGAGGGUGUAGUCAAUGAGAUCCUGCAGGGCCCAUUAAGAGAAGUGUUCGACAGCACUCAGCUCCUCACGGACGUGUCAGGUUCAGGCAACAACUGGGCAGUUGGACACAUGACGUAUGGUUCAGCCUACAGGGAGCAGAUAGUAGAUAAGCUGAGGAAGGCAGCAGAACACUGUGACUGUCUGCAGUGCUUCUUUCUCAUUCACUCUAUGGGAGGAGGUACAGGCUCUGGCCUGGGGACCAGAGUGCUGAGCCUGCUGGAGGAGGAGUUCCCUGAGGUGUGUCGAAUUGUUACCUCCAUCUAUCCGUCUGCAGAGGAUGAUGUCGUCACCUCUCCCUACAACAGCGUCCUGGCCAUGAGAGAGCUCACAGAGCAUGCUGACUGUGUCCUGCCUGUUGAAAACCAGUCGUUGGUUGACAUUGUGAACAAAAUUAAGCACAUGUCUCACAGUGGAAAGCCAGGGUCGGUGAUCAAGAGAGACAGCACCAUCAUCUCUGGGCAGGGCGGGCUCAGCGGGGCAGAGAAGCCCUUUGAUGCCAUGAAUAACAUUGUGGCUAACCUGCUGCUCAAUAUUACCAGCUCUGCUCGUUUUGAGGGUUCUCUCAACAUGGAUCUGAAUGAGAUUGCCAUGAACCUGGUCCCCUUCCCUCGUUUACACUACCUGGUGCCCAGCCUCACCCCUCUCUACACGCUGGCAGAUGUCAGUGUCCCCACCAGAAGACUGGACCAGAUGUUCAGCGAUGCCUUCAGUAAAGACCACCAGCUAAUCCGAGCGGACCCGAAGCACAGCCUCUACCUGGCCUGUGCCCUCAUGGUGAGGGGCAACGUGCAGGUGUCUGACCUGCGCAGGAACAUUGAGAGACUCAAGCCCUCGCUGCCCUUUGUCUCGUGGAACCAGGAAGGCUGGAAGACGGGCCUGUGUUCAGUGCCUCCUGUGGGUCACUCCCACUCUCUGUUAGCGCUGGCCAACAACACCUGUGUGAAGCCCACAUUCAUGGAGCUGAGAGAGCGCUUUACCAGGCUCUACAGGAAGAAGGCUCACUUACACCACUACCUGCAUGUAGAAGGAAUGGAGCAGAGCUUCUUCUCAGAGGCCAUCAGCUCUCUCAGCUCACUGAUUGAAGAGUACCACCAUCUAGAUGCCACCAAGGCGAGACUCAUGCCUGAUGCACCCAGACUCAACAUCGCCAGAUGAAGGUCCGCUCUGUUGUGUAGCUGUCUGUGUCUUUGUGUGGCUGCUUGUAUAGCAAUGAUAACUUUUCAAAAAUGACUUCACACUACCAGACCUUUUGUAUAUACCUUUAUACAUUAUAUACCAAUAUUGUCUAAUUUAUGACCUGAUUAGAAAAAAAAUAAGCAGGAACAACAUGUGAUAAGAAUGGAACAGUACAACUCAAUCUGUAGUAUGACCUGAUUUGCCGUUUCAAGGCUCCCUGACUGUAGUCUUAUGAGGUAUUGUUAAUAAGUCAACAUCUGCUGUUGCGACUGCUACACUGGCCAUAUUACUUGAUGAUAUUGCACAUGUCCUGAAGACAGGGUUCAUAAAAGCUUUCAUAUCUAACAACAUAAUCCUUCAUUUAUUCAAUGAUCCCAGCCAUUCCUUGUUAUAAAAUGAGGUUUUGUCGUUUCAAUUUGAGUUUUAGUCUUUUUUGCGAUUUCUUGAGGCACAUACAUCACUGCUGCUCAGGAGAACUUAAAAACCAAAGAGUGUGUGUGUUUCAGUCCUUGUUCUGCCACAGCAGGGCUCGUCUCCUGGGUCUGUCUCUGGACUUCUUGGAUGGAUCCGCUAGAGUAACCGCAGGUCGGAAAACAUGUCACCUGGAUCAUUGCACUUCCUCUGGCACACGCAGGACGUUAUCCACUGCAUCUUCCACUGUGUGUUGGAGCCUCCCUUGCACGUGAAGUUGACCUUGAUCAUGCGCGACUUGUUGGGGACGCAGCAGCGUUUGUCUGUACAGACGCCGCAGUACGUGGGCUUAAACUUCUUGGUACUGGUACAGCCAGAGAGUGACAGCUUCUCCGCUUUUUUUGCUUGGAAUUUAGGCCGGCAAGUCUUUCCCUUUGGCACCUUUGAGAGGAAACAGGGAUUUUAUGGGUACUGUAUAUUUUUUGAUAAAUAAAACUAUGUCAAUACUUGAAAGGAAUUUGACUAACUCGUCACCUUGACACUCUUCAUCACGUUCUUCUCGCACGGUCGCAGCAGACACAGGCGUCGGUCCUUCCUCAUCUCACAUUUGCUGUUGUCGUUGUUGACGCGCACAGAGAUGCCCAGGCCGCAGCUUUUGGAGCAGGGGCUCCAAGGGGUGGUCUGGAUCAGACAGUUCUUCUUCCAGGCUAAAGGAGGAUCCCUGUAAGCUUUCAGUAUUACAGUUAAAGGGCACUGUGUCAACAACACCCUACACAAAGAGCUAGUGUGUGUGCCACCUUACUGCCAAACAGAGCACAGACCAGGAGCAACCAAAAGACUCCAGAUACCUGGUCUUACCCUCCACAAGCUACUAACUGGAUGAGCUUCAGAAAUGUUUCCUUAGUGCUCACUAGUGAUCACUUUUCGUGAAACCAUGCAUUGCAACACCAGAUCUCUUUAUUUAGACAUGCCAAAAUGGUUUGAGUUUCCUGUGUGGGUCUCAGCUCUUGAGUUUUAAAUCAAAACAAUCUGCUCUGUUCCUCCACAGUGACAAACUGGAUUAGUGUUUCCCUGAAUCAGACACAUCAUGACACAGAUAUGUUUCUGUGGAGUUUCAUGCCGAGUGAAGCAAACAAACUGGUGCACUGGUACAUCAAAGUGGAAUGUUUGGUGCUUUUGAUGUAUAGUGAGCUGUCGCUUCUCCUUUUUAUAACUGGAACCAUAUAUCUGUCUGGCUUCUCCUGUGAGGCAGUUUAACCACAGCUAGCCACGCCUCACUCCUCCCCCUGCUCACAUUGACAGAGUAAUGAAAGGCCCACUCCCCUUCCCACCCGGCCAAUUUAGACAGCAAUUAGCAUUCCAGGCUAGACAGGCUGGCCCUUCCCCACAGGUUAAUUUUACAAACACACACCUGACAUGUAAGUCGUGUCCUGCUGGUGCUUCUUUGGGCUCUGGCCACUGCGAAGGCCGGCUGGCAUGCUGCCCAUCAGCGGGGCAGGGCCUAAGAGUGCAGCGGGCUUCUGGAUGAAAGCAGGGGUGCAGCCGAUGGCUCCAGCUAUACAUGUGCACUUAUAGAGGGGGCUGGGCUGGAACGCUUCUCCAUUCUCAUAGUGGGCCCCGUUCAGGUCACAGCCCACGGCCAUCAGGUCUGAAACAGAGGGAAGUCUAUGUUGUCAUGCAGUUGUUAGUCCAAACAGUUAAAUGUAUUCAGAGUAGUAUUGGGAAUGUAUAAAUCGCUAUAAAGUAAUGUAAACAUGACAGUAUUUUUUUUUGUAAAGCUGUUGUUUCACAGUCCAAAUACA